GGUAAAGAAACUCAGUAGAGCGACCUCACCAAGGCGCAAAGGCAUCCGAAGGCCACUUCACCUGUGUGACUUUGACUGUGUGAAGUUGGACAGAGAGGCGGUCCGGAUGCUCGCUGCUCUGCGGUGUGCUGCCCAGCUUAGCUGACAGUCGGUUACAGCUGAAAGAGCAGUUUAAGAAAAAAGGAAAGAGAAAGAAGAAAAAAGCACUUUGACGCUUGUCUUGUGAACUUGCGCGCCCCGCUUAUCCGUUCUGCGCCUGGCCUCGGACGCACCGACUUGUUGCCCCGGCUGAGCUCUGAGGGGGCCACGGCUGCUGCGUUGCGUGUCCGACCUACAAGUCAGCGAGAGGACUUAAAAGGCUGCUGCAAGGAUGAUGUCCUACAUAAAGCAACCCCAUUACACCAUGAACGGGUUAAACGUGCCUGCCCCUGGAAUGGAUGUGCUUCAUACAACCGUCGCUUAUCCACCCACUCCCAGGAAGCAGCGCAGGGAGCGCACCACCUUCACCCGCACACAGCUGGACAUCCUGGAGGCGCUCUUCUCAAAGACCCGCUACCCAGACAUCUUCAUGAGGGAGGAGGUGGCCCUCAAGAUCAACCUGCCUGAGUCACGUGUCCAGGUUUGGUUUAAAAACCGCCGUGCCAAGUGCCGCCAGCAGCAGCAGCAGAGCAGUGGCCAGUCCAAGCCCCGGCCUCCCAAAAAGAAGGCCUCGCCAGCGCAGGAGCCUAGCGCUCCUGAUCCCGUUCCUAACCCAUCUGGCUCAUUCAGCCCCUCCUCAGCCCAUUCUGGCCCCAGCCUGGCCCCGAGCUCCAGCACCGGAAACACUGCUGUGUCCAUUUGGAGCCCAGCCAUCUCACCCCUGCCAGACCCCUUGGCCUCCUCCUCGGCGCCCUGCAUGCAGCGGCCCUCACCUUACCCUAUGAGCUAUGGCCAGCCGUCAGCCUACACCCAGGGCUAUGCUAGCACAACCUCCUACUUCACUGGCCUGGACUGCAGCGCCUAUCUGUCCCCCAUGCAUUCACAGUUGUCAGGCACCGGAGGUGCUCUCAGCCCCAUUGCUGUGCCCUCUAUGGGGGGCUCCUUAAGCCAGUCCCCAGCAUCUCUGUCUUCACAGGGCUACAGCACUGCCUCUUCCCUGGGCUUCACCUCUGUCGACUGCCUGGACUACAAGGACCAGCAGGCCUGGAAGCUGGGCUUCACCACAAUGGAUUGCCUGGAUCACAAGGACCAAAACUCCUGGAAGUUCCAGGUUCUCUAGAAAGGGUGUCAACAUGCCACGUGCAUCAGUGAAUCCCAUGUAAGAUAGGGCAAAGCAGUUCUCCCAGAGGACUUAACAUUGAUUUCUCAGUUUGUCAUUUGUAAGAUUUUCUGUAGGAAAUGCAUUUGAUUUAAAAGGUUUGGAGAUGAACAAAUGAAUGAGUGUCAUCGAUGCUGCCUGACUGCAAAUCAUGUCUGUUUUCUUCUUCGUGUUAUCUUAAAUAAGAGAACAAACGCCUUUAAACAGUUUGAAGGAAAAGACUGGAGAAACAACACAAGCUAUCUCUUUC